AUGAAAGCCAGAAGAUCGGUUCAACAAAUGGUCGUGAUUGCGUGGAUUGUCUCGUUUGUCACCAGUGCGCCACAAUUCUACAUGUUCCGUGCCACGUCUCACCCUUGUUAUCCCUGGUUCUCGCAGUGUGUGGCCCGGAAUUUUAUCGGAGAGAUCCCACAUCAAAUCGUUUAUUGGUACUCGAUUGUCAACAUUGUGCAGGUUUACUUCUUGCCCCUCCUCGUGACCGUCGUUUGUUAUUCGUUGAUUUUGUGGCGAAUCUCGCAUAAAAAUUGCUUUAAAUCAGAAACCGAGAAGGGUGGACUUUUGCGAAGAAAUGGUGGCGAUAAUUUGCAACGAGCAAGAUCGAGAACUUUGAGGAUGACUUUCGUCGUCGUUUUUGCUUUCCUUUUCUGCUGGACACCCUACGCAAUCAUCAUGUUUUUGCACUUCACAACAAACAGCAAAGAUUUAGUCCCAAAAGAGCUGCGGAAAUUCAUCUACGCUUUCGCUGUUUUCAACUCGGCUCUUUCCCCGUAUUUGUACGGAUAUUUUUCGUUUGAUGUCAAAAAAGAGCUAAAACUCUUGCUAAUGUGCUCGACGAGAAACGCGGUCUCCGAGCGUUUCAUCUCGUAUUCGUCCACGAUACACGCUGGAAUCCGCAACAGCUCCCGGAUCCGUAAACGCAGCCAAUCAGCCACAAACAUCAGCAAAGAGCCAAGUUUGUCAACGAGU